AUGAAUACGAUCAAAUCCUUUUGGGCGGGCUGGGGCUCAUUGUGUGUCGCCGGCGGCGCGGCAUACUACUUCGCGAAGCGUAGCAUCAACGCCGACCGCCAAUCCCGCCUUGAGGAGCAGCGCAAGAAGAAGGCCAUGGUAGACUCACUCGAAUACUCCGAGAACGUCCCGACACGACCGCUAUCGUCGGCCACGAUGGGCGGAGGAGCAACGUCAAACAACACCCCAGCAAGGACCGACACGGCGGGCUCGCCGAGCCAGGAAUCUAGCAGUGACCCAGCGCCCACGAGACACGCACCAACCACUGAGGCCCAAAGGGUGUUUGAGAAGAGCAAGUACGAGUCUAGCGUGCCGUUUAAGAGCACGAAGGGGGAUCGCUUCUCUUGA